AUGACUAACUCUCAACCACAAGGUGCUCUACCUAGUGCUACGGUUACGAAUCCCAGAGACAAUAAUCAUGUGAACGCUGUGACUACCAGAAGCAAUAAAUCCAAUGACAAACCUGAGAAGAAUUCUGAUGAAGAAGAUAUGUUGAUUGAAGUGGAUGUAGAUAUUAAAGAAAAUGAGGUUGGCAUGAAGAUUCCGGUUAAAAAGAAAGAUCGAGGUUCAGUAACUACUCCAUGCACCAUCGGUGAUAGGUCUUUCAAGAAAGCUCUGAUUGAUUUGGGAGCAAGUGUAAGUCUUAUGCCAUUAUCCAUCUACAAAAGAUUGGGAAUAGGUAAAGUACAAGAUACACGAAUGACACUUCAGUUUGCUGACCAAUCGAUGAAAAGACCGUACGGAGUGGUAGAAGACGUGUUGGUGAAAAUCGACAAGUUCGUAUUCCCUGUAGAAUUUGUUAUUCUAGAGAUGCCCGAAGAUGAAGAGAUACCAAUCAUUUUGGGAAGACCAUUUUUAGAGACCGGGAGAUGCUUGAUUGACAUAGAGGAAGGUACAAUGACCUUGAAAGUCUAUGAUGAGGAACUAAAGAUUGAUGUGCGAAACACCAUGAAAUACAAAGAUGACAUUGCCACAAGUCAACACAUUGAGGUAAUUGAUCAAAUUUGUGAUGAAGGAAAUUCUUUGACAACACAAAAGUUACCUUUAGAGAGAGUAUUGAGUUUAUCAAUCUUUAGAAAAGAGGAGGUAGUUGAUGAAAAAGAUAGUUAA